AUUCGUAAGUUUAAAAAAAAUUGAAAAAAUUUAUUCCAAAUUUUACAAGGAACAACUCUGCACUUAAUGACAAUUUCGAAAAAUUCCAUAUAACACUAACAAGAUAAAAAAAUUUGAUUAAUAUUAUAUAUAAUAAGGAAGUUGAAGGAGCACUGAAGAAAUUCGAAAAAUUGAAUUUAUAGCGCUGUACGUUGUGCAACACCUCUCGACUCAACCCACCAGACAGCGUGUAUUGGCUUAGUUGCAAAAAUGAAUAUAUGUGAUUCUCAUGGUACUAAAAUAAAUAUUUCAGUUACUAACAGUGUGUUAACGGUGCGUCCACACCGAGUAAUUCCUGUGAUUUUCAUCUUCGAAUAGCCGCAAAUAUCAAUUGUAACAAGCUGAGUGACAUAAUUAACAUAAGUGGUGUUAAUUGAAAUUUUUGUGCUUUUCUAAAAAACUAAAUCGUUUAAAAAUAUAACAAUAAAAUAGCUUAGAUUCAGUAGAGCUUUUGCGCAAUGAUAUAAUAAUAAUAGCAUCAUCUUCAAGCGGAGCCGAUAUAAGAGUAGGGCUAGUGAUAAUUGACAGUACUUGUACGGCAUAAUUCUAACAGUACGCGUGGAGUCUGUUGGCGGUUCGCGCAGAAGCGACCAUAGCAAUGGCUCGGCUGAAGAUCUUAUUUUAUUACGUUCUGUGCACCAUAAUAGUUAUUGCUGCACAAUACGCAGGCGAUGCUGAUUACAACGAUUUUGAUUUCUACGAAGAUUUAUCAACAGAUCAAUCGGGAAGUUUUAACAAAAAAUACUCCAAUGCUGCACAAGAGAAUUCUUAUAUUGCGAAGGCUUUCGACGACACAAAAAUUCAGCGUGAGGCCUAUUCCGCCUCAAAGUGGAAUGACUUCACUGCCUUCGGAAGUAAUGUAAACUCUUUUAAGAAGAGAAAUUCGUUUGAUAAACAGUUCGACUGGUAUAAAAUGCCCGAAAAGGUUUACCGAUAUACCAAGCAUCGAAUUCCUGGAUAUGAUUACGACGAAUUCGAUUACAUGCGUUCCAGAAGUCUUCAGCAAUGCGACGAGAGAUCAGUUUGGACGCACUGUCUCUGUCAAUUUACAUGUUCAAAGCCGAAUGUAGUGGAUUGUUACACACCAUGCAGAAGCGGAUGCGAGUGCAAGGAAGAAUAUGUCUUCGACGAGAAGACACAGAGUUGCCUAUUACCCGAACACUGUUUGUCACACGACAAUUACAAUUAUCAAAUAUAACCGUUAUCGUUAUAUUUGCAUGUUCCUUUAAAACGUGAUCGCUGAA